AUGCGUUUCACAACCAGCCUGAUCCUGCUUGCUGCAGGCUCUAUUGGCUCGGUUUACAGCCAAGGCUUCGAGAAUGCCGACUUCAACAUCACCGAAGCCCUCGUUGAGAAGGGUGUGGACGUCUCUGCGUUGCCGGAACUUGCUGACCUCGAGCAAAGAUCGUCGACUGCUGGCUGCUCGAUCGCGUGCCACUCGCUAAAACUCCUAUAUGGCUCGAGUGUUGUGAUAGAAGGUAGUCCUGGCUACGACGGCUUCACGGACGGAUACUGGUCAGUCCAGCAAGCCAGUGUCGACCCAUACUGCAUUUUCAAGCCGGCUUCUGCAAGCCAGACCUCUAUCUCGGUGCUGAUAGCCCGCUUGUCCCAGUGUCCCUUCGCUGUCAAGUCAGGUGGCCAUGCAGCUUUUGCUGGUGCCUCUAGCAUCGAGGGUGGCAUCACCAUCGCUCUCGAACGACUCAACGAGAUCACCGUGGCCAAAGACAAGAAGACUGUAGCCAUUGGUCCCGGAAAUCUCUGGUACGAUGUCUACACUACUCUUCAACGCUCUGACAUUGCCGUCAUUGGUGGUCGUGUUUCUGGUAUCGGUGUUGGUGGUCUUACGCUAGGUGGAGGCAUCUCCUUCUUUAGCAGUCUCUACGGGUGGGCUUGCGACAAUGUGGCUAGCUUCGAGGUCGUCACUGCAUCCGGCAUCAUUGUCACCGCCUCGCCUAAGUCAUACUCAGAUCUCUUCUGGGCACUUCGUGGAGGUGGCAACAACUUUGGAAUUGUCACAAAAUUCAACCUGAACGCCAUCUCCCUCCCCGGUGGCCAGAUGUGGGGAGGUUCCCGCAUCCACACCGCCGACCAGUUCCCAGCUGUCGUCAACGCCUUCUACAACCUCGGCAUCAACUCCCCCAACGACCCCAAUGCCGCCCAGAUCAUGUCCUACGCAUACGUCCAAUCUGCCAACCUAGAAGUCGCCUCCGCCGAGCUCCAAUACGCCAAACCCGUCGAAAACGCCCCCAUCUUCUCCGAAUACCUCGCCAUCCCCACCAUUCAAGCGGACACACGCAUCCGCACCCUCGUCGACCUUACCGAGCACUUCAACGCCAGCAACCCCAACGGCCUGCGCGAAAGCUACUGGACCGCCGCCUACAAGCUCGACCGCGACCUCGUCACCGACGUCCAGAACAUCUUCUUCGACGAGCUCAACUCCAUCCGCGACGCCGCCGGCAUCGUCCCCGCCCUCACCCUGCAGGUCAUCACGCAAGGCCAGCUCACGCAAAUGAAGAAGAACGGCGGCAACCCGCUCGGCCUCAGCGAAGCGCAGGGCCCGUACCUCCUGCUGAACCCGAACGUCAUGUGGCAGGACGCCGCGGACGACGCGCGCGUUUUGGGCGCCUACUCGCGCAUCAUCCAGCGCGCGAACGCCGCGGCCAAGAGCAGGAACGCGUACAGAGACUACCUGUACAUGAACUAUGCGAGUCAGUUCCAGGCGGUCGUGCCGAGCUACGGGGCGGCAAACCAGCAGCGUCUGAAGCAGGUCGCGACCAAGUAUGAUCCGACCGGCGUGUACCAGCGCCUGCAGCCCGGCUACUUCAAGUUGGACGGCGCGCCGGCGAGUGGGCCGUGA